AUGUUGAAGAGACUGCGCAACAAUGAACUAAUGGUUGAUCGCCUGGCAACUCGAUGGGGCCGGCUGGUGCUGCGUCAGACGCUUGGAGACUGGAAGAAGAUCAUCAUCCGCAAGAAGUACACUCGCGUUUUACUCGAAAAGACUCGUUCGCGCUGGACGAAGCAGCAUCUUAUGAGAUUAUUCCGCCGAUGGAACGACUACGCAGUAGGUGAGAUAGUCCGCAAGUCCAACGAGCAGAUCCAACUUUACCGCGACAGUAAACAUGAUUUGCAAGAACUCAUCGGACGAUUACAAGUCCAGGUUGAAGCUGCCAAGGUGGAAGUGAAAGCCCAUCGCGAGCAUCUCGACUUGGCGAAACGACACACGCUGUCGUUGGAAGAGCUUCUCGCCCAACUGGAACUACGCGUUCGACAAAGCCAAGAGCGAAAACUGCAGAGCAUCUCAAACCAGUGGGGCAAGCUGUGUUUCUCCUUCGUCGACUGCGAGUGCGAUUACCUGCAGAAUAUGCUAGACGCGGUAGCAGCAGAUACUUACAUCGAUGUCAGUGUAUUACUGAUGAAAGGAGAAGAUGAGUCUGAUCUCCUAGCUCUUCCCUCUGAACUGCUGGUGCUUCGAUGGAUCAACUUCCAACUGGAGCAGUGUGGAGGACCAUUUCGCCACUUGUGCUCUUCCAAUUACGACUUGAUCCAGAAUUUUUCAUCCGACAUGCACGGCUUCUACGCACUGCGCCAUAUCUUACAUCGCGUGUUAACGGUGAAGAGGCGACGCCUACCAGCAAAACAAACACAGAUGAAGAGCACCUCCCGUCUCUUAUCUCGCAGUGUUGUCGACAACGCUGCUGCUUCUAGCGUAUUGUCCAAGCAGACACCAUUUCCAACCCGGGAGGAGCUCCGAACUGCGUUAGCUGAACAACUGGAUCCAGCAUGCCCGGAAUUUCUGUGUGCCCGCGUGCUCAGCAAGGAGGUGGCAAGUGAUUUAGUGUUUUGCUUGUUUGGAUUCCUGGUGUGUGAACAUCCGAGUCUCAUAAUUGAGACACCACGGGGACAAGCAUCUCACCCAGCCAGUCCUUAUCCAUGGUACGAAGCUCAAGCUGCGCUGAACGACGCACGCACAACCUGGAAUUCUGUUCGCUUGCAAUGGCGAGAGCUUCAUACUCCGUUUGACGUCCUCGACGUGAUCAAUGCACCUCCAGAAAUGACGACCUCCCCGCAAUUACUGACAAAGGCAAAUAUCGCUCUACAGAAUGCUGUUAACACGGUGCAAUAUGCGUGUUCGAAACGCAGCAGUGCGAUGAGAGUAUGGGGCUGUUUGCAGCGUCGGAUCCGGCAAGAUGCUCUUCGACUGCUUGCACGCCGAGGACGAGAGCAGGCCCCUUUCGAAUUGGUCGACCGACGUGUUUUGCGCAACAAAUGCAUGCUAACUACACUGCAUACUCAUAAGCUCCUACAGCUCAUUGAAGAAGUUCUCGGAGAGCACUACGAACGCCUGCGUCAGAUUUACCGCUUCUAUGCCAACGUCGACUUUAGCCCACGCUUCUUCCACAAAAUUUCUGCCUGCAUGUCGCUGGGAGAGUUUUACCUUUUCCUUAAAGAAUGCCAAGUUUUUGGCAAGACUCGACCAUUCCCUUACGACUUUGUCCAGAGCGUAUUCGACAAAGUGAGUCCUGACGUUGCGGUCUCCAUGGAAGCAGCCACGUUAACGCUACCACUUACGCACACGCUGUCUGCUCCCGUAAAAGACCCCAGUAAUGUGAAAGGGAGGGAGAUGACACCCGCAGAGUUCGUCGAAGCGCUGGUUCAUAUCGUACAGAGCGAUCACGUGCUUUGGAGCGGUGGAAAUACUGGACCAGCUACAGCUCUAGCUCAACGAUUCCGAAGAUUUCUCGAAGAGAUCGUCUUCCCUAACGCAAUGCGCCCGGACGAAGAAAAGGGCAACGUGUUUCGGCCGCAGCUACUCACGUUUGAGUGUCGACAAGUCUUCACAACGCAUCACAAGAAGCUACGGUCGAUGUACUUACACUUUGUCGCAAGUGAAGUGAAAUCUGAGAGGCGCAUCGCAACUCAAGACAGCACGGGACUGGGAAAGAUGCUCUCUGCCAACGGGUUCGUCAACUGUUGCCAACACUUCGACCUCUUCCGUGACAACCUUCUCCAUUUUGACGACCUUCAGCAUAUCUUAGCAGAAACACUACAGCUUGAGCGAGAAAACUUUGUUGAGGCUCUUGCUGCGGUCGCGUGUUAUUUGAACCCCGACGCAUUUGUGCCGCUUGCUUCAAAACUUGAUACAUUUUUCAGCGAACGUCUCGAAUCAAGCACUAUCACGACAAAAUCAUGA